GUAGUUAUCUCUAUAAAUAAUACCUACAUUUUGCUCAUGAUACGUACGUAGCAUAGACUGCAUAACAAAAAAGAAGAGAACAACGUAAGGAUAGAUCGGAUACAAUGCCACCAUUGCUCGUCUUCUUCUUUUUCAUACUCUCCCUUUCGUGUCCAUUGACUUUGUCUUACCCCCGUGGAUCCGGUCAACUGCGAGCUCUUGACCACCUCUUCAAGGCCAAACGGAUCAGCAACUUCGCCGCCGUCGUCGACCGCACCCCUUUCGCUGACGAUGAUAGUGAUGCCCAUCCUGAACUUGACGGUGACGGCAGACCAAUAAACAUUCCCGCUCAGGAUGGGCUAAAGGAGAAAGAUAGGAUCGAACGGCUUCCAGGGCAACCGCCGGUCCGGUUCAACCAGUACGGCGGCUAUGUUACGGUCGAUAAAGCUGCCGGCCGGGCCUUUUACUAUUACUUCGUUGAGGCGUACAAGCAGGAUGAAUCGUCCUUGCGGCCUCUCCUUCUUUGGCUAAACGGAGGACCUGGCUGUUCUUCUCUCGCGUAUGGAGCAAUGCAAGAGUUGGGCCCAUUCAGAGUCCUCAGCGAUGGAAAAACACUUCGUGAAAAUAAAUUUGCAUGGAAUCAGGCUGCAAAUGUGUUAUUCUUGGAGUCUCCUGCUGGGGUGGGAUUUUCUUACUCCAACACAACAUCCGAUUUUAAGAAAGGAGGAGACAAAAAUACGGCAAAGGAUAAUUACGUAUUCUUGUUGAAUUGGCUAGAAAGGUUCCCGGAGUACAAAGACAGAGAUUUCUACAUCUCCGGCGAAAGCUACGCUGGGCACUAUGUGCCACAAUUGGCACACACUAUUCUCAAUCACAACAUUCAAGCUAACAAGACCAUUGUUAACCUCAAAGGAAUCAUGAGCUUGUUCGAUCAUAAGCGGGCAUUAUGACGACAUCAAGCUUCUCGGUAUCAACUCCGAUGUUCAAUGGAGAAAGCUAUGACUAUUGGAGUGUCCGUAUGAAGACUUGCCUAGAAUCACAUGAUCUCUGGGAUAUUGUUGAAGAAGGAAUCAUGAUUGGAAAUGCAGUGCUGCACGACGAGGCAGACGUGAUGGGGAUGUACGAAUACUUUGCGAGCCAUGCAAUAAUCUCCGAUGAAACACUGCAACAAAUAGUGAAACACUGCAACUAUUCUGAGAGUUAUGGGGAUCGAAACCAAACAAAGGAGUGCCACAUGGCUGAGUCGAGAGUGGAUCGCAAUGUGGGCCAUAUCGAUAUUUACAACAUAUAUGCCCCAUUGUGCACUAAUACCAAUCUCACCAAAAUCCCCAACAAGGCUUCAUACUCAAUAGUGGAUCCGUGCAGUGAUUACUACGUGUAUGCGUAUAUGAACCGACCUGAUGUUCAGAAGGCCCUGCAUGCCAAUGUCACCAACAUGCAAUACGAUUGGGAACCCUGCAGCGAUGUCCUCGAACAUUGGGAGGACAGUGCCUACACAGUUAUUCCUUUGAUAGAGGAGUUGAUGACCCAUGGAGUUCGGGUUUGGAUAUUUAGCGGAGACACAGAUGGAAGGGUACCAGUGACAUCAACGAAGAAAGCACUAAAGAAGAUGGAGUUGACAGUGAAGGAUGAAUGGUAUGCGUGGAUGAUGAGAGGGCGAGAGGUGGGGGGAUAUGCCCAGGUUUAUCAUCGGAACUUGACAUUUGCCACUGUGAGAGGAGCUGGACAUCAAGUCCCCAGUUUCCAGCCUGCAAGAGCCCUCUCCCUCCUUGCUCAUUUCCUUGCUGGACAUACUCUUCCACCUGCCUAGUUCCAUAUAUUCAUUUUAUACGUUUUAACAACUGUCCCACUUAUGCAACCACGAACCUCUCAAUUCUUCUUAAAUCUAUUAUCAUUGCAUGUUUAUUUAAUUUCCUUCUUUUUAUUCAUUUGGAGGAUCUAUGAAGGGUAGAUUUUCACCCCUUCUUUGUUUGUCAUUUAUACUUACUUUCCUCCCACUUCAAACAUUUCUAAUAUGUAUUGGCUCACUCAAAUACUACACUAAAGACCUAAGCUAAAGUCCAAUAAAAUAACUACUUGCAAAUA